GGGGAGCAUUUUGAAGGAGAACGGCAGCCGCAGACAAGCAUCAGGGAGAUUUCGAAAAAAAAUGAGGAGGCCGCCACACACAGAAAAAUUUUUCUUUUCUCCAAGUUUCAUCUCAUUUGGUCAUCAUCUUCGCCGAUCAUCUUUCUGUUCACCACUAAUCAGCCACUCCCUCUACUCAAAACCACAGAAAACCUCUUGUAUUUCUUCUCUGUAACAGCCGACAAAAGGGAGAAAAAUCUCAGAAAUUUCCAGCUUGUGCUUUCGGUGAUUUCUGCAGAAAUAGCAACGGUAGACAGAGGGAGAGAAAAGGGGUGAUUUCCAGCAUGCUUUCGGUGAGAUUUUGGCGACCAAGAGGGAGGGCUUUGUUAUUUUGCUGUGGGAAGGUAGAAGAGUAAAGGGAGGAGGUCGACAUCUGUACCGAUAAACUGCAGAUCUGUUUUUGGCAUUGGUUUGCUUCUUAGGGGUGGAGUCGAGGAGGUGAGGAGGCAAUGGAGAUGAUUUCAAAAGGGGCAAAAAAGGAGAUGGAGAUGAUUGUUGGAGGAGGCGAGGAGUAGGGGCUGAUUUUUGAGAGAAAAGACGAACAGCAGAGCUGGGUUUUUUUAGAGGAAAAUAACGCCGUUUGGUCUGCGACUUCAAUGUUUUUUUUUUGGAGGUAAGAUUGACGCUCACUUUCCCCAUAUAUAUAUACAUCGUUUUCCUCUCUAAAACCCAACCCUGCUGUUUGUCUUUUCUCUCAAAAAUCCAACCCCUACUCCUCGCCUCCUCAGACAAUCAUCUCCAUCUCCUUCUUUGCCCCUUUUGCAAUCAUCUCCAUCGCUUCCUCACCUCCUCACUCAAAAAGCUCACCAGUAAUGUCACCCCCUCUGCAAUCAUCUCCAUCUCUCCCUUUCCCUCUUUUCCCUCAUGUGAGGUUGAGGCAAUUAGAAGCCAAGAGACAUAACCACACCUCCUCACGAGCUCGAAGUGCCAUAGAACAAAAGAAAAUGAGAUUUGUGUUCCUUUGUCACACGUGCUUGAGGGAGUUGCAAACUAAUUUAUUAGGGUUUUUCAAGUUUGGGGAAGGCAUGGCAAGGCUUCAAAGAUUUGGGUCUGUUGUCUUCAAAGAUGUUGCAGCAUUUAUUUUCUUUUCUAGGUUUGUUUUUGAAUUGUCUAGCCAUGGUUGCUUUCUUCGUUUCCUCUCAUUUCCAUAUAGAUUUUGGAAACCCAAAUCUAGUCGAGGAGGUAAGGAGGCAAUGAAGAUGAUUGCAGAAGGGGCAAAGAAGGAGAUGGAGAUGAUUGUCGGAGGAGGCAAGGAGCAGGGGUUGAAUUUUUGAGAGAAAAGACAAAAAGCAAGGCUGGGUUUUUUAGAGGAAAAUGAUACCGUUUGAUUUUGGGACUCCAAUUUUUUUUUUCUUUUUUGAGAGGUAGGACUGAUGCCCACUUUCCCUUAUAUAUAUAUAUAUAUAUAUAUACAUACAUACAUACAGCAAAGUGCACGUCAGUUCUACUUCCUAAAAAAGUUUGGAAUCCCAAAUCCAAAGCGAUAUCGAUUCUCUUAAUCAUGCUCCUUAUGUUUUUUGCCCUUUCUGGAAUCACCUCCGUUUCCGUCUCCAUCUCCCUCGCCUCCUUGACUCCUCCGACCCUUCUGGAAUUAUCUCCGUCUCCCUCACCUACUAUUUUUUGCCCCAUCUGGUCCUACCCCCAUUAUUUUUCACCCCAUUUGGAAUCAUCUCCAUCUCCAUCUCCCUCACCUCCUCAACUCCUUAUUUUCUCUACAAGUUCUCUUUUUUUCAAUUUUGUUCUAUGGUGGUUUUCGCUUGUUGACGGUGAACCAAGAUGGGCGACAAGGGUAUCAGUCUUAAACAAACCAAGAACGAGACUGUUGAUUUGGUAUUCUUCCAUUUUUCCAAAGAAAAAUUUUCAUAUCCCCUGUUGUUUGUCUCUAUUUGGUUGUUGUAAUGCAGUGAAAAUAAGAUCUUUAUAGAUCCCGAAAGUUGUUUGUUUGGAUUGCUGUUGUGUUUUUCUUUUCAUUUUUUUUUUUUUUUUGCUCAUUUUCUCAUUGAUGAAUAUAGCAUAGAUCAGUCA